UGUCAUGAGACGGAAGUGAAGAGUUGUAGUCGUUAGAAACCCUGGUAGUGACAUGACAAAUCAAACUACACUCUGAAAAACACACAACAAGCCAGGUAAAGACCACACAGGAACAUCUGCAGAGUCUCCUGCACGGACAGGGAGGAUGCAUGGCCGAGUGAAGGUGAAGACUACAGCCCAGCAGGAGGAGGAGAAGAGGAAGGAGAGGGAGAAGAAGCUGAAGAUAUACGUGGCUGCACGAGACACCUGUUUCUCAAAGAGAAAAGAGGGCGUUUGGGAUGAGGGGGCUCUCCAGAUUACCCAGCAGCUCCUUUCAUCCAACCCCGACUUUGGAACGCUGUGGAACUACAGAAGAGAGAUCCUACUGCACCUGGAGACCGUGAAGGAGGAGGAUGACCUGCAGAAGACUUACGAGGUCGAGCUGUCCUUUCUGGAGUCUUGCCUGAAAGUGAACCCAAAGUCCUACGGCAGCUGGCACCACCGGGGUUGGGUCUCCACCCGCCUGCCUCGACCGGACUGGGCCAGAGAGCUGAGUUUAUGCGAUCGCUGCUUGAGCCUGGACGACCGCAACUUCCACUGCUGGGAUUACCGCCGGAUGGUGGUGAAGAUGUCCGGCGUGCCCGUGGAUCAGGAGCUGGCGUUCACCGAUCGCCUCAUCGGCUCCAACUUCUCCAACUACUCCAGCUGGCACUACCGCAGCACCCUGCUGCCGCUGCUCCACCCGGAGCCCCGAGACCCCGCCGCCCGCCGCCGGCCUCCACGGUCCUCCCCGCCGCCUUCACCGCAGACCCACUCCCACCGCGUCUGUGAGGAGCAGCUCAUCAAAGAAUAUGAGCUUGUACAGAACGCUUUCUUCACCGACCCAAACGACCAGAGCGCCUGGUUCUACUAUCGCUGGUUGCUAGGCAGAGCGGAGCGUGAGGAGAUGAUCAGCUGUGUGUUCGUCAGUCGGGAGGAGGAGAGAGUGUCCGUCGCCUUCUCCAGGCCCGUUAACUCCGUCGGCCUGCUGCUGGUCCUCGACGGUCAGCCUCAGAGACUGGAGUGGAGGAGCGUCCACCGCUUCAAACACAGCCCCGUGUGGAUCUGUGAUCUCCCUCCUGGAACGAUAAGUGACAUCAGCAAUGAACACAACCUGACUGUCCACUGGACGGAGAAAUACACUCACAGAGACUGUGCUCUGUACACAGGUCGGACUGAGAGUUGGUGUCGGGACUCUGCUACGGAUCAGGAACUUUUCAGGAGUGAACUCUCAGUGGAGAAGACCUCGGUGUUACAGUCCGAGCUGCAGUCGUGCAACCAGCUACAAGAGCUGGAGCCGCUCAAUAAGUGGUGUUUGUUGACCAUCAUCCUCCUGAUGAGGGCGCUGGACCCUCUGGGAUACGAGAAGGAGACGCUGGCUCAUUUCCAAACACUGAGAGAAGUGGAUUCCAUGCGCUCGGCUUAUUACAGCGAUCUGUGCAGCAAGUUCAUGAUUGAAAACACCAUCCUUAAAAUGGAGUACGCCGAAGUACGCGUCUUCAGUAUUUCUGACAAGAACCUGACCACUUUAUGCCACCUGGACCAGCUGUUAUUGGUCACCCAUAUAAACCUCUCCUCCAAUCAGCUGCAUCGGCUGCCUCCUCAGUUCGCCAUGUUGCAGUGCCUGGAGGUGUUGGAGGCUGAUAACAACUCUAUAGAAAAUCUGGAAGGAGUGUAUCACCUUCCCAAACUGGAAGAAGUCCUCUUGAAGAACAACAAAAUCUCCACACUGGCGGAUCUUCAGCCGCUGGCCUCCUGCCCCAAGCUGAAGCGCCUCGAUCUCCGCGGCAACCCCGUCGCUCAGGUGGCCAACGUGGAGGCGGAGCUGUCGGAGCUGCUGCCCUCGGUCACCGACCUCCUGCUCUGAUCGCUGCCGUGUUUGUUUGUCAAAGAGCUAGUGGGUGGUUUGUUUUUUUCUCCCUGAGCGUCUCAUGGAUCUGUUUGUUUCCACUUGGUUUUUUUUUUUUGGGACCUAUUGACACCUUCAGAAAAAUGUGUAGAUCGAUGUGAGUGAGUGAGCGCUUGAUUCUCGAUGUUGCAUUUCUUUCCAUGUCGUCAACUCCACAUGCAUGAGUAAACCCUGAUAAAUGGAGUUAAUUGAGUGGAUCUUGUUGCUUCUAUGAGCUUUAAAACUGUUGGAUUUGAAAAAUAUAACUUAUAACUAACGGCCAGAGCAUUUUUUUUUUUUUUUUUAAAGGUUGUGUAAAGCAUUUAAUAUAUGACACUCUACUGUUGCACAGUAAGUCACAGAACCAGUAAUAAAACAGCACACAUUGUGUCACUGCCUUCCAGAAGAGCUUCUUGUGUUGUUUUGUUUCCUUUAACACCUGAUGUACUGGUGUUCCUGAAUGCACCUUAAUCCUUUAUCUGUUCAUGAGUCGGUUUAAAAGGUGCGCCAUAUGCCUAAUUCACAUUUCUGUCUUUGUUCAUAUGUUUGGUUUUCCUCAGAUAAAUCGUGUCACACUGAGUGACGUCAUGUUGAUGUUUGUUUUACUUUUCUGUUGCAACAGUUCUUUAGGCGAGUCCUGCUCUUUGGGAGUGUCCAACCAAUACCUGUAACCUAGAAUGAAAUAAAAAAAUAUACCACA